GGAAUUGGCGGAAAUACCCCUUCAACAUCAACCCAUCUCCCUACUCUUCCUAAUGGUUCAGUGUUUACAGGCACUUCUCCCAACACCCAAUCUGCUCAUAAAGGUAGAUUGCUUCCUGAAGCUUCCAAAAUUAGCCCCGCCUCCAAUCAUCGCCAACGUUGAUAAUAACCCUGACUUCUCCACAGGACUUCCAUCGGGCGAUGAUGAUGAUCUUAUACUAACGGCUGUUGGGCGUGUGAGACUUGUACAGUUUACAAAAGACACUGAAGAGCCUAUGGGAAUAACUUUAAAGGUGUGUUUUUGA